UUAUUGAUACACUAUUACUGCCGUUAAAGUGAUAUUUUAGUGAUUGACUGAACGAAAUGUCAGUCAAACCGAAAGUUUGUUUGGUUUGCGGCGAUAAGUCAAUUGGCAAGAAUUUCGGCGCCGUUUCGUGUGAGUCAUGUAAGGCUUUCUUCAGGAGGAAUGCGGCAAAAGUCGAAGAAUAUAUCUGUUAUUUCAACGAUAACUGCAAAAUAGAUUUGAUUACAAGAAGAUUCUGUCGGACGUGUCGUCUGAAGAAGUGUUUCGCUAUUGGGAUGAGACAGGAUUGGAUACUCAACGACAACGAAAGGGAAGUCCGGAGAAUCAAAAUCGAGACCAAACGACUGAAGAGGAAGCACAGCGUUGGCAACGAUUUCAUCGACUCU